AUGCUUAAAUCAUUUGUUUUAAUCAGCUUAAUUUGCUGUUCUUUUUGUAUGUUUUGCAAUUACUAUCCCAUGGAUCCUUUAGCAUGCAUUAGUAAAACAGAAGGAAUAAUGUGUAAUAUUUUAGUCUAAACAAUAGGUUAAUUUAGUGUAUUUGAAAAUGCUUGUGUGCCUACUUAAAGUACAAAUUUAGGAUGUAGUCCAUAAUUGAAUAAGAGAGCUUGUUUAAACUAGCUUAGAAAUAUAGAUGGAAAUGAAGCAAAAUGUAUGAAAUAAGUAAAUAUAUUUUUAGGUUAUUUUGGAUCAAGAUGUGUUGAAGCAAAAGAACAUUAUUUAUAAAACUUAGGAUGUUCACCAUUAUUCAAUCGAAACUCUUGUGCAAGUGUAAAAGGAAAAAUCUGUUAUUGGGAUGGGUAAUAGUGCCAAGAAAUUAAAACUUAAUUCAUAGAAGCUUAAAAUUGUUAAUCAGCAUACAAUGUACCAGUAACACCUAGUGCAUGUGCUUUAAUCAUUGGAGUUAAAUGUAAAAGUGGUUUAUUUUAAAAUGAUUAUGAAUGUUAAAAUGUUUUAGAUGCAGAAUUGAAUACUCUUGGAUGUAAAACUGAAGGGUUGAAUAAAGAAGGUUGUUUGUAAAUUGAAGGAUAGAAAUGUAAGAUUUAAUAAUCAUACUUUUAGGUAUAUUUGAAAAUAAUGAAUGUAAUGAUAGUUCAAAAAUUAAUAGUUGUGAUGAUUAUAUUAAUAAAGACUCAUGUUUAGGGAUUGUAUUUCAUAAUAUAACUUGUGUUUGGAAAUAAAAUAAGUGUUAAGUUUUAAUUGUAGAUAAUAUGAAAACUUGUGAAGAUUAUGUAAAUGUAAGUCCUAGUGUAUGUGCUAUUUAAGAUGGAUAUUGUUAAUUUAAAGAUGGAAAUUGUAUUAAGCCAUAAUUACAUAAUUAAAAAUGCAAUGAUUUAGGUCUAAGUAGAUUGAGUUGUUUAUCUAUAAAGGGUGAUAAUUGCACUUAUAUUAAUAAUAGAUGUGAAUAAUUGAAUGAAAUAUAAUUGAUUCAAAUAUCAUGUAAUGAAUUAAAUGAAGAUGCUUGUGUUAAUGUAAAGACAUAAUUUUAAUUCUGUAAAUGGACAGGAGAAGAAUGUGUUGGAAUAUUUAUUAAUUAAGAUAUUGAUUGUCCAAUUUAAAAUGAUAAUAAUUUAUUCAAAUUUAAUGGAAAUGUAUGUUAAGCAAUAUCUAAACCUGGAGUGAGAUGUAAAUACAAUAAUAAAACACAUUUAUGUGAAAAGACUAUUGAAAGUGAUACUUGUACAACUCCAUUUUUAAAUCUUAAUGCAUGUGUAUCUAUUUUAAAGUAUGCUUGUUAAUGGACAAGUUCUGGUUGUAAUUAAGCAACAAUAAUACAAGAAUAGACAAGUUGUUUAGAUUUAGGUUUUGCUAAUCAAAUAGCAUGUUCUUAGAUAUUAAAAUCUGAUGAAGAUGGAUGUUAUUAUGAUACUAAUUCAUAAUAAUGUAGAUUAGUUAGUGAUUAAUUAUUAAAUGAAAUUAAAUGUACUGGAAUGGGAUUAAAUAGAAUAGGUUGUGCAUUAGUAUUAACAACUGGUUAAUUGUGUAGAUGGUAUAAUAAUUAAUGUUAAUAAAUUAAACAUAAGAAUGAUGUAUAAGCUAUAUAUUGUUUAUAAAUGUAAUAUGUAAAUCCAGCUACUUGUGCAUUAGUAGAGGCUGGUAAUGAAGUAUGUAGAUAUGAAAAAAAUGCUAAAGGAUGUGUUAAUAGUUUAAAUACUGAGACUAUGACUUGUUCAUUUCCAGGAUUAAAUGCUUAUGCAUGUGCUUAAAUUUAAUUAAAAAGUUGUUAUUAUGAUAAAGAUUUAUGGUAAUGUAAAUAAAUAACAGUUAUUACUGCAAAUACAAUAGUAAAAAAAUAGACAGAUAAAUUGUUAUCAAAUUCUGAUUGUGUUACAAGUUCACCUACUCCUGAUGUUUGUAGAUCAAUUACUAAAGCAAGUGCAAAAUGUUCUUGGUUGUUUAGAGAGAAUAGAUGUUCUAAUUAAUAUGUUACAUUUAAUGAAAGUUGUUUGGAUUAUAAUACAUAAUAUACUGGUAAAAAUAUAUUGAUUAAUGCUAAUGUAUGUGCUUCAAUUGAGAUGGAAUAACCUGAUUAUGAUGCUUUAAAAGGUCCAUUAAUUGAUAAAAUGAAAGGAUAUUGUAUUUUUGAAGGUGGUAAUUGUACAGUUUUUAAAGGUAUAUGUGGAACACCAUGUUGUAGUGAAUUUGUAGGUAUUAAUUCACAUGUUUGUGGACGUUAUUCUACAGGACAAUAUUGUUAUUUUAGUAAUGAAUUAAAAUGUACAGAACUUACAAUGGAUAUUGUGGAUAUUACAAUUGAGAAAUAAGUAAAAGAUUAUUAUAAUUCAUUACAAUUAAAAUGUUCAUAUAUGAAUAAGAAUUCUUGUCAUAUGAUUGAAUGGUCAACUCAAUAAAGAUGUUAUUUUAAUGGGAAUUUAUGUGUUAAUAUUAAUUUUAGUUAAUAUCCAAAUUUAAAUAUUUUUACAGCUGAUACUGCUAUUCUUAAUAAAUAUGCAUGUUUAGCAAUUGAAGCUAUGAAAACAGUAGAUAAUUCUGCAAUGUUUUUUGGUUAUGAAGGUAAACAUUGUAAAUUGAAUCCUGAUAUAAUAGAUGUAACAGAUUGUGGAUCAACAGAAUUAAAUAGUAAUGCUUGUUAAAUGAAAUAUCCUGAAAUUUAUUGUAGAUGGUCAAAAUCAGAAUUAAAAUGUAAGAGUGUAGAUUCUUAUUAUGUUGAAAAUUUAACUUAUUGUGAUUAAAAUUUGAAUGAAUUUGCUUGUGUAAAUAUUCCAAAUGCAAGUUGUUUCUUUUCUUAUUAAACACAUAAGUGUACAGAUGCACCAAAUUUAGUAGAAUGUGGUUAUUUUGGAAGUGUGACAGGAACAGUUAGUAGAUUAGCAUGUAUGAAUAUAAAAUUAGAUGGUUAAAUUUGUGGAUAUGAUGAUAAAAAAUUUGUUUGUAAAGAUGUAAGUGCUGAAUCAGAUACUUGUGAUUUACCAGAUGGUAAUGCUAUAGCUUGUUAUGCAAAAACUAAAGGUGAUUGUAGAUGGGAUGAAAAGGAAAUGUUAUGUUAUGAGAAUGAUAAACCACUCACUUAAUUAGGAUGUGAAGAUAAUGUAAAUAUGAUUAUAUGUCUUAAAAUAACUACUUAACCAUGUGAAUGGGAUAUUAUAAAAUUGAAAUGUUUAAGAUUAAAGAGUAAUUAAUUCUAAUUAAUACUACCUGAUAAUUUAUAUAAUGCUGAAGCUUGUGUUUAAGUUUUUGGUGCACCAUAUAAAUAUGAUCCAAAUACUUAUUUAUGUAGUCCAAUUACAGCUGCUGAUAUUUACAAGGAAUAAAAGGAUCCUGAAGAUCCACUUGAACCUAAUAUUUUAUGUGAUGGAAGUAUGUUAUUAAAUGUUGAUGCUUGUUUAUUUAGUACUAUGUUAUAGAAAUGUUAUUUUGAUAAAUCUUAAAGUGCAGAAAAAAGAUGUUAAGCUUUUAUUGGUAUUUAAACAUCAUGUGAUUCACCAUAUUAAAUAAGUUUAUAAAUGUGUGCAGAAGUACCAUAAUCAUGUUAUUUUGUUAAAUCAUCUUAUGAAUGUAAAUAUAUCAAAAUUGAAGAUUCAACUAAAUGUAGUGAUUUAAGAGAUUAAUCAGAAUAAUAUUUAUUUAAUAAGAUAGCUUGUUCAUCUAUCAAUUAUGAAUAUGCUGAAUAUGGUGGAACAUUACAAUGUUUUAAAUCAUCAGAUCCUGAUAAUGAACCUGAUUAAGAAUUCUUACAAUAAUGUUAAGUAGAAAAAUAUUGUAAAUGGGAUUAAUAAACUACUACAUGUUAACUUACAUCAUUAAAAACUUUAGCUUGGAUGGAAGAAGAAGUAGAAAUUACAGAUGGUGAUGGAAAUACAUCAAAAGGAAUGAAAAGAUGGUGUGAAGAGGAAGUAAUUACUUUUGAAGAUGAUUGUUCAAACAUAUAUAGUAAAGGAGCAUGUUUAUAACUUUCAUCUAUAUGUGCAUUUGAUAUUUAAAUGGGAGGUUGUUUUGAAAUUGCUGGAAAUGAAAAAUAAAUCUUAUCAUGUGAAGGUGUAAUUGGUAGUAAUUGUUUAAAGUCAUUAAAUCCUAAUGCACCAUGUGUUAUAGAUGAUUCUAUUAGUGUUGUUUUUCCUAAAAUAGAUACGUGUUUUGGAUAUCCAAAUAAUGAAGAAUAAAUAUGUAAAUAAACAGCUCCAUCUAAAUGUAAAGAUGCAGAAGAUUUAGGAUAAGUAAGUCCUAUUGUUUGUAGUAAAGUAAGUGAUAAUUGUUAUUAUGAUGGUACUAAAUGUUCAUCAGAUACAAAAAAGAAAAAAUGUAAUGAAACUUUCAGUUAACUUGCUUGUUUAUCUAAUGGAUGUGAUUUUACUUUAGGAUUUUGUCAAGAUGUAUUCAAAUCUCCAUCAUUUGAUUCAUUAUCUCCAUUUUAUCUUUAUUAAUGUUAAUACAUUAGUAAAUUGAGUAUUUCAAGUAUAAUUAAAAGAUAAGUUUGUGUAUAAAUGGAUUUUCCUUGUGCCUUUUAAAAUGAAUAAUGUGUUGCUGCAGCAUAAGCUUAUUGUUAAACUUUAAAUUAAUUACCAAUCACUAAAUAAGCAUGUAUAUAUUGUAUAGGUGGAUCAUAUUCAUAUGAUUCUACUACAAAUUAUUGUAAUUCAUUAGUAACAUAAUAAAUAGGAUGUAAUGAUACAAAUAAAGAUGGUUGUUUAAGUAUGACAACUGGUAAGAAUUGUACAUGGAAAAAUGGAAAAUGUAUUGAAUAAAGUAAUUCAGAAGUAGAAAAUCUAAAAGAUUGUUCAUUAACAAAUUCAUUUGGUUGUCCAAAAGUAGCAAAUUCUUGUUGGACAUCUCCUAUAACUAAAUUUUGUUCAAUGGUAGAUGUAUAUUCUACUUGUAAAUAAAUUAAAUAAUAGAAUGGAAAUCAAUUAGCAUGUAUAAUUAGUAAUUUAUAAUCAUGUUAAUGGUUAAAUAAUGCAUGUGAAGAUUAUCCAUUAGAUAGUUUAGAUUGUACUUUAACUAAUAAAUAUGGUUGUUUAAAUUUAACUAAAGUUCCUUGUGGAUGGUCUGAAGAAAAUUAAUAAUGUUAUUCUAUAUCAUAUAAAUCAACAAUAACAAAAUGUACUGAAUUCUUUGAUUCAAAUAAGAAAUUAAUAAAAUUUAAUUCAUAAUCUUGUUAAUAAAUUUAAGAUGUUCCUUGUUUUAGAGAUAGAACAUAAAAAUGUAAUGAAAUUGGAUUAAAAGAUAAAAUAACAUGUGAAACAAUUGGAUUAAAUAAAUUAGGUUGUUAUUUAAAUUCAACUGGAUAUUGUUAAUUUAUAGAUGGAUAAUGUUAAACAAUUCCUGAUUUAAGUAAAAUUACAUGUACAUCUCCUAUAAAUAAAGUAACAUGUUUUAGUUUAAAAUUAACUUGUAAAUUUGUUGAUAAUGAAUGUCAGGAUUAUGAUGUAAGUACAUUUACAACUAUUGCAUAAAUUACUAAAGAGGAAAUAUUUCCAUAUUCACCUUCUGUUUGUUAAUAUUAUAAAGAAAUAGAAGGAAAAGCUUUAUUAUUAAUAUAUGAUUCUGUUAAAGGAUGUUGUUUAGAUGGUGAUUUAGGUAAACCUUUCAUUUAUGAUUGUAAUUCACCAGGUUUAAAUGAAUUAACAUGUUUAAAAUAAACAAAACCUACAUGUUAAUUUAUUAAUAGUAAAUGUUAAACAUUAACAAAUAAGAUGAUAAAUGAUUCAAAGAUAUGUGAUCCAACAUUUAAUUGGAAUGCUUGUGUUUAAUUAAAAUUAAAAUGUAAAUUUUAUUAAAAUAAAUGUUAACCAGUAGAAGAUUCUGAAACAUGUUUAUCUUUAGCUAAUAUUAUUGCAUCUCCAUUAACUUGUUCUAGUAGAUCAAUUGAUUUAUAAGCUUGUAUAUUUGAUUCUCUUACUUAUAGUUGCAAAAUAUCUAUUUCUACUACUUUAUCUUGUACUUAGAGUGGAUUGAAUAAAUAUGGAUGUACUAUGAAUACUGAUUUAGAAUUUUGUAGAUUUAAUGAUAUUAUAAAUACUUGUAUGUCUACUUAUGAAACCAAUUUAAGUUGUUAACAUUUAACAAAUGAAAAUAAAUGUCUUUUUAUUAAGACUGCUAAAUAAUAUUGUAAAUUUGAUAAUGGAUGUUCAGCUAUAGAUCCACUAUAAGUAAUUUCUUGUUAUGAUUUAACACCUACUAAUCCAAUGACAUGUACAGCUGCUGAAUCAGUUGCAUGUAAAUAUGACAGAAUUACAUAAAAGUGUGUUGCAGUUCUUGCAGAUAUGGAUUUAGAUGAACCAUAAUCUAAUAUGGUUUCUUUUAAUAAAUUAGCAUGUAUGAAAUAUCAAACAGAUAAUAAAUAAGUUAUUUAUACAACUGAAGGAUGUAUAGAAGUUGAUCCAGAAGAUUUAGCUAAUCUUACUUGUGAUUAACCAGUAAAUUAAUUUACAUGUUCUUAAAUUACUAAUCCAACAUAAUAUUGUAUUUAUAAAGAUUAUAAAUGCUAAUUUAUUUUACCAACAGAAAUUACAAUUAAAUCUUGUGCUAAUAUAGGUUAUGUUAAUUAAUAAGAAUAUUGUGAAUAAUCUGAUGAUGUACCUUGUAAAUUUAAUUCAUUUACUAAAUUAUGUGAAGAAAUAGAUUUAGAUACAGAACCAAUUACUUCUUGUAUAAGAGGAAUUAAUAAAUUGGCUUGUGAAUCUUUAGCAUCUUGUAGAUUUGAUUAAUUUUGUUUAGAAAUAUCAAAAAGUUGUGCAGGUAGUACAGAUUGUACAAAUGUAAAUUCAUAACCUUGUAAAUUAGAUAAUAAUAAUAAUUGUAUUUUAGCAACUGAAUUAACAACUCUUAAUUGUGAUUAAGUAAUUAAUAAACUUGCAUGUAUUAAAAUUACAACUCCACUUUAAUAUUGUCGUUUUUCUUAAUCAUUAUGUUAAUCUGAAGAUUUAAUUGAAUUUAAAAAUGAAGAAUGUGAAAAUAUAACAAAUAUCAAUUCACCUUAUUUUUGUGAAUAACCAACUGAUAUUGCCUGUCGUUAUGAUCAAUUCUAAAAUAGAUGUGUAGAAUCUUUACCUACUGAUAAUAUGGAUUGUAUUAGAGGUUUAAAUGAAUAUGCUUGUCUUAAUUACACAAAACCUUCUUUAAGAUGUAGAUUUACAGAUUUUUGUUAUGGACCAACUUAACCUAUGUUUGAAUGUGAUAAUACUUUAUUUGAUUGUUGCAACAAAGCUCCUGAUAUGAAUACUUGUCUAUUAUAAAAUCUCUUGGAUUGUUAAUGGGAUGGUACUAAUUGUAUCAAAUAUACAAAUCCUAUUACUACAUGCACAUUACUCAAUACUUCUAAACUUACAUGUAUCAAAUCUACUGAUAAAAACUGUUUAUUCGAUCUAUCAACUAAAUCUUGUAUAUAAAUAUUAGAACCUACAUCAUGUGAUUAAUUAUAAUCUGCUGAAUAAUGUUAAAUGGUUCUCACAAUACCUUGUAUUUGGAUAAAUGAAUAAUGUAAAUAUCAUGAAUCAACAGUCUAUGAAGAAUGUGUAGAUAUCACUUCUGCUUUUGGAUCUAUGAGAGCAUGUCUGAAUAUUGUAAGAUCAGGAUAAAUGUGUUAAUUUAAAGAAGGUUAAUGUUCCUCUUAUUUUCAUGACUCUGAUUAAUGUUUAGAUAACAUUAAUAAAGUUGCUUGUAUCAGUUAAACUACUACUAAAUGUUAUUGGAAAGUUGAAACUAUUCAAAUAAAAAAGCUUAAGACUUCUUAACCUAUACCUGUUGAUUUUGGUACUUGUGCUUCUUUUGUUGAUGAUAAAAUCACUCUUUGUAAUGAGAAUUUAAGUUAUUUAUCCUGUUUUUCUAUUACUACUCUAAAGUAAAAUUGUAAAUGGUUAAAUGGAAAAUGCAUAUCUAUACCUAUAUCUGAUUCUAUUGUUACACCCUAAACUCACGCGCUUGUCAAUAUAAAUGCUUGUGCUCUUGUUGAUACAGAACCAGUCUAUUAUGAUUCUAAACAACAUUUUUGUGUCAAAGUUUAACCUACUGAUUCAAUUGCUUGUUUACCACCUACACCAGGAUUAAACAUGAAAGCGUGUCUUACUAUCACCAACUAAAGAUGCAGAUGGAAUUUCGAUAAACAGUAAUGUGAAUUCUCUAAAUCUAAAAUUAACAGGCAACUUUGA